AUGCUGCUGUCGCUCUUCUCGUAUGCCUUUGCGCUGGCUUCGGUGGUGGCGCUCCUCUUUUGCGUGGCGCUCGGACUGCUUCGCCUGUGCCAAUUUAUCGAAGCGCACAGCAGCCAGUCGAGGCGGAUAGGCCUGCGGCUGCUCUACGCGAGCCUUUCGGUCCAGGUCGGCAUCGUCGUGCUCGACUCGGUGCCGCUGUGGCCCCUGCUACCCAGCCUGGCGGCGGGCGCCCUGCACCUGCAUAGCCUGUCUCGACCCUCGUGGCCCUUUGCCGCCGCCCCCACAAACGGCAGGGAUCGCCGGCAAGGGGCGUGGCCGUGGUCGUGGGUCGCGCCGACGCUGUCGGUGGUGCUACCGCUGGCAUCGCACAUGAUGCUGACGCGCCACCACAACCUGGUGUCUCACACGUGGCACCGGCACCGGUACGACCAUGCUCGGCGGCAGCGUCUACCGGGCGGUCGGCUGGACUGGGACGUGGAGCCGGAGGUGCCUCGGGAGCGUGAGAUGAAGGUGGUGGAGCUGAUUGCGGUGCUGGGCUUUUGCGUCUGGACGGUGCCCAUCUGGCGCUUCCUGGGCAGCUGUGCGGCCAUCGAGUGGGGCCUGUCGUCGUGA